ACACCCUAGUUUUAUUUACAUUUUACGGCCUGAGAAGUGAGAUCGAAACCAAAAUUUAUCGGUCGAGUGAAAGAAAAGUAGAAAACUGAGGUCCGAGUGUUUUGUCAGUUCUGCAAAUUGCAAAGGUUACAAUUCAUCCAAACCGAGGCUCCCAAGAAGACCCUGCGAUCAAAUCAAUGGCAAAGGCAGAAAGCUCAGUCGUCUCCGAUCUCAUCGACUUCUUAAACGCUUCUCCGACAGCCUUCCACGCCGUCGACGAAGCGAAGAGGCGACUAAAAGUUGCGGGAUAUGAGCAAAUUUUUGAAAAAGGGGAUUGGAAUUUACAACCUGGAAAGAAGUAUUUCUUCACAAGGAAUUACUCCACUAUUGUUGCGUUUGCCAUUGGAAAGAAAUACAUUGCUGGAAAUGGGUUCCACAUAGUUGGUGCUCAUACUGACAGUCCUUGUCUUAAAUUGAAGCCUGUUUCAAAGAUAUCAAAAGGUGGCUAUUUGGAAGUUGGUGUUCAGACUUAUGGAGGUGGCUUAUGGCAUACAUGGUUUGAUCGUGACUUAACUAUUGCUGGAAGAAUGAUUAUCAAAGAAGGAAAAGGCGAUUCUGCAUCUUACUCACACAAACUUGUUAGAAUUGAAGAACCUAUAAUGCGAAUUCCAACCCUAGCAAUUCACUUGGAUCGAGGCGUUAAUGAUGGAUUUAAAGUGAAUGCACAAACUCAUCUUGCUCCUGUGUUAGCAACUGCAGUUAAGGCUGAACUCAAUAAAACAGUUGCUGAAAAUGGCCCUGAUGGGAAGCCUAAUGAAAGUCUAAACAAUUCCAGUAUCCAGAAGCAUCAUUCUCUUCUUCUGCAGAUUCUUGCAGAUAAGGUAGGGUGUAAACCAGAUGAGAUUUGUGAUUUUGAGUUGCAAGCAUGUGACACUCAACCAAGUAUAGUUGCUGGUGCAAUGAAGGAGUUUGUAUUCUCUGGAAGGCUUGACAAUCUCUGUAUGUCUUUCUGCUCUUUGAAGGCGUUAAUAGAUGCCACAGUAUCAGAAAAAAGCAUUGAAGAUGAAUCUGGUGUAAGAAUGGUGGCAUUAUUUGAUCAUGAAGAGGUUGGAUCCAGCUCAGCACAAGGAGCUGGAUCUCCAGUCAUGUUUGAUGCUCUAUCCCGCAUUACAACCUUCUUUUCCUCAGAUUCACAGUUGCUAGAAAAGGCGAUCCAGAAAAGUUUCCUGGUUUCUGCAGACAUGGCGCAUGCCUUGCAUCCAAAUUAUAUGGACAAGCAUGAAGAGAAUCAUCAACCUAAGUUGCAUGGAGGGCUUGUGAUUAAACACAAUGCAAACCAACGAUAUGCAACUAAUGCUGUUACUGCAUUUAUAUUCCGAGAAAUAGCAGCCAACAAAAACCUUCCUGUUCAGGAUUUUGUUGUUAGAAAUGACAUGCCAUGCGGGUCAACCAUCGGACCCAUUUUAGCAAGUGGGACGGGGAUUCGAACAGUUGACAUUGGGGCCCCACAAUUGUCGAUGCACAGCAUUAGAGAGAUGUGUGCAGUUGAUGAUGUCAACCAUUCUUAUCACCAUUUGAAGGCUUUCUUUGAAGACUUCACUGCUCUUGAUGCCAAGAUUGUUAUUGACAUUUAGGUCCAUUUAAUAACUGGUUUAUGGUUUAAAAAAAAAAACCUAGAAGUCUACUUUUUUCAAUUCCUGAUCUUAUGUUACAUGCAUAAACGGUAGUUUGGUUUUGCACUAGUGUAACAUUUGGUUUUAAAGUUCCAUGGACUGUUACUUAUUCAUCAAACAAC